AAACUGAAAUAUUUCAACCAUUUCGCCCAGUGAGGUUCGUUCUCAAGUUCUCCGUGACAUUUACUAGAAGGAGAACGUUCACGAUUCUCUUUUGCAUGGCUGCCUACUAAACUGUAGUUGUGCGCUAGAAAGUUGUAAAAGUCCCCAAAAUCCGGUUACAAAAAGGACGCGUUUGAGGCUGAGCCAGAUACAGCACAAAGCUUCAAACUAGGGAAAAAAAACAAACAUGUCGGUCGCUUAUUCCCAGCAGCAACAGUCCCAGCAGCCACCGAACCCGGGUAACCGUGGCGGACCGGGUGGUCCGAUGAACCGAAGUGGUGGUCCACCUCCCAGCCCGAUGCACAUUCAAAAAAUUCUGGACGAGAACGCCGGUCUCAUUCAGACCAUUCAAGAUUUUCAAAAUAUGGGCAAAGCGCACGAGUGUAUGUCGUAUCAUGUAGCAUUGCAUCGAAACUUGGUGUACUUAGCAAAUUUAGCUGAUCCGCAGCAUAAUAUUCAAGCGUUACUGCCGCCUCCUCAUGUGCUUCAGCAUGGCAAUGGCCCUUCAAUGCAUGGGGUUCCGCCUAGCAGCGGUGGACCAGGGCAUGAAAAUGAUCCUUCUCACGGUGUGCAAGCGCAAACACCUGGUCCUAAUCAGGCAGCUGUUCCUUCUGGAACCCCACAAGGUCCGGAACAGCCACCAUCAUCGCAAGCCGGUGCUCAACCGUCAAACCAACCUCCAUCGAGUCAAGCGCAUCCUCCACCAAAUCAACAACCAGCCGGUGGCUACCGUGGGGGACCGCAGAUUCCACCACCAACUUCGACUGCUGCUCAAACUGCUCCAAAUCAAGGUCCACCGGUUCCCGGUCAACCCGGUAGACCAGGUGUUCCACCUCAACAAGCACCAAUGCCACAGCAAGCGCAAGGUUAUCCGCCACAACGUGGCCCGUACCAGCAACAUGGACAUUAUCCUGGUUAUCCACCACCAAAUCAACCUUAUCAAACUCAACCAGGAUAUCCACCUUAUGGUCCACCGAAUCCCGCCCAAGGGUAUCCACCAAAUGCGCCACAAAGCUAUCAUCAUGGUCCUCCGACUACCAAUGCAGGUCCUCCGCAAGGGUCACCCUAUCCAAGUGCAGGCCCACCACAAGGGCCCCAGGGGGGACCACAACAGAGCAGCUACCAGCAAGGUCCUCCAAAUGCUCCCACAUCACAACCCCAAAUGUAUGGACCUCCCGGCCAAUAUCCACCACAAUCGGCUGCAGGGCCCCCAAUGCCUCACGCUUAUCCAGGAUACGGCAGCCCGAAUCCACCAAACGCUUACGGUCAGCCACCAACCGGAUAUCCUCCAGCAAGCGGUCAACCAAGUUAUCCACCACCACAGCAGUAUCCUUCGAACUAUCCUUCUAGCCAACCUGUUUCCCAUGGACCUCCCACGACUUCUGCUCCCAGUCAACCGCCGGUUGUUCCCGUCAGUGUUCCUUCAACACAAACAAGUGGUGCUCCUACCUACACUAACCAAUCGAGCCCAGCCGCGGGUCAAACAUCAUCCAGUCCGAACAAUCAACCGCCUACUACUGGACCACAUUCAGCCAUUCCCCCGACAACUUCCACUGGUUAUGCUGCUGCUGUACCGCCAGGACCUGUUCCACCUCAAGCUUACACAUCACCACCGGCCAACGCUGGUCAACAUCCACCCCAAGGCAGCUACCCGCAGCCGCAGGGACCGGGACCACAAACUGGUGGCCCACCACCACAAUCGUACGCCACUUCUCCUCCAUCAACUCAACACCAACAACCACCGGGCAGCUACCCUCAAGCCGCUCCUGGUGGACCCCAAGGUCAGGGUCCUCCUCCGGCACCGGUUUAUCCACCGCACGGUUAUCAUCAACAAGGUUAUUCACCGAUACCGCCACCCCAAGGUCAAUAUCAACAGGCAGCCCAGGGUUAUCAAUAUCAGCGUCCCCCUAACAGCCAAAUGCCACCGCCCGGACCGCAAGGUCCACCACCCCAAGGCGCCUACGGUUAUGGCUAUGGACAACCGCCACAGUAACAGGUCUAAAAUGUGUGAAUCUCGUUUUUUGUCUGCCAAUUCCAACUAACCCAGCAGAGGGAUACCGCCGGGCGGAAAACAUUCUUUCUUUGUAUUCUUUUAGCUGCUAAUACUAUUUUAUCACUGUGUCCGUUUAUCGAUUCGCGCGUGUUGUGGAUCCCCGGUGCAGUAGUUUGUAACAUUACGCGCCAAACUAUGGAUAUAGUUUCAAAGACGUAGACGUUGACAUUCAAGGUUUAAAGUUUGUGUAAGAUGUGUAUUUUGGAAUUAUAUCUAAUAAAGUCAGUUUAAUGCUGAAAAUGUGUGGUCUA